AUGUCUAUGAAACGAUUUUUGUCAAGGUCAUCGAAUAAAACAACUGCAGGUCAGGGUGAUGACACUUCUGCUAGCAUAGGCUCAGAUCUUCCAAUAGUCCCGCUUCCGAGCAAUCAAUCAGGUGAAUCUCAUGACUCUAUCAAGGAGUUGGGUCCCAUGUUCAGACAACAACAAAACAAGCAAAUCGCUGAUAAUGAUGACAGCUAUGAUAUGAUGCAUUUGAAUUUGAAUCCAACCAUUCUGAACUUGAACAAGACUGUCCCCUCAAUUAAGGGCUCUACCAUUCAGGACUCAUUAUUUUCAAGCAGACAAUCAUAUUCCACAAAUCAGUCUUCGUAUAAAACUGGUGGUACUAAUACCAGUGGCGGCAGUAGUAGUAACAGUCAGUUUGGUAAACGAAAGCAUGACCUAAACACUUCUCAGCCAUUGCAGACCCUCAAAAUAUUGGAAGAGAAUGAACAUCAAAAUUUGGAAGAGUUGAUAAGGGAUAAUUUGAAACAGUUGUAUCAAGAUUUGGCAUACACUAUGAGUCAGUUCUACAACUCUAGUGCCAGUCUAUCAACAACUGUUAUAAACAUUAUUGAUUGUUUGAAAAAAUUUAAUGUUUUCGUUGAAAAAGCUACCAUUGCCAAGCCAAAUGAACAAUAUAUUUUCACAAGUUAUAAUUCAUCGAGUCUACGGAAAAUUUUGAAAAUUUAUCUUGAGUUGUACGAUAAUUUGCUAACAGAUCAAGUUUAUAUCAAAUUGAAAUUGUUGUUAGUUAAAAAUUUCAAUGACUUUGCCAUGUUAUUAAAUAGUCAAGAGAUGAACCAAAUAAGCGAGGAAAUGAUCAAACCAAAGAACUACCCCAUAGGCUCUAGCAAAGGGAAACUGUUACCAAAUGAAGAAAUAUUAGUGCGCAUAAUGGAAAAAGUGUCGCACAGCAAUUUGUCUAUGAAGGAACAAAAUGGAUCAUUCAUUGCCCCAAUAACUCGAGGUAUCUCAAACAAUUUGAACAUAUUAUGUCUAUAUUUUGGAUAUCCUGAGCCUACUGAGUAUCACCAUAGUCUAACACAAAGUUUACGUGAAUUGUACGACGACGUACACGUUGUUCUCGCUAAAAACCAGAUUGAGUUAGCCAGUGCUACACGAGUGGAUGCAGCAAGUACUUUCAAUAAACCAGCAGCAUUCAACGAUGGAUUCCCGCCAUUGCAAGCCCAGAGCACCCAGAAAUUCAAGUUACCAUUUAGAGUACCGACAGACAUCCACCAUGUGCCUAUGUCCAUGUCAAUUUCGAUUGAAAAUGCCACUCGAACAUCGGGGACCAUGGGAGGCUAUAUUUACCCCAUUAUUGAUUUACAAAAGCAACCGCAUUUGAAAUCCUAUGCCAAUUCCAAAUUUGCAAUUUCAUGUGGUCACGUUUGUUUAGAUUCCGACAACCCUGAGAACUACCCUAAUGUGUCCUCACCGUCAUCGGUAUUGAUCUCAUUAUACAAACAAGCGUUAACUGAACAAUACCACAAGAGUCUUAAUAGGAAUAACAGUACUGCUGGUGUGCCAUCUGAAACUCGAGUUGCGUUCGGUGCCGUUCUUCAACAAUUGGAGGAAAUGUUCCCCUUGAAGCAAAUAAAAAAAUCAAGCACUAGAAACAACAACAGUGCUUAUAAGGACGAUUAUGAAGUUCGUAAUUUACCAAAGUAUAGAUUUGGACAAAUAAUUUGGGGUGAAAGAACUUUAAUCAAAUUGAAUGGUGAUACUAAUGGCAAUAGUAGUAAUAACCACCAAAUAAAUGAAAUGAGUGGGAUUGUGGAGAAAAAAUUAUCUGAUUUGGCCAUUAUCAAAGUGAAUAAGAAAUUGAAAUGUGAGCAUAACUAUCUUGGUGAUGAUGUUCAAUUCAAUGAAUAUGACCCUAGUUUGAUGUUUGAUAAUUUAUAUGUCAGAAAAGUUAUCAACUUGAAACGAUAUGUUCCAAAAGUAAUAAACACUGCUAUUGAAGACGUCGAUUCUGAUGUUUCAAAUAAUAGUGAAAUACAAACGUAUUUUGGAAUUCCAGUUUUCAAAUACGGUUCCACUACUAAAUAUACUAAAGGACAUCUUAAUGGUAUCAAGUUGGUUUAUUGGUUAGAUGGUGCAAUUCAUUCUAGUGAAUUCAUUGUUAAUUCCAUUGAAGCAAAUUCAUCGUUUGCGUCAGGUGGCGAUAGUGGAUCAUGGAUAUUAACUAAAUUGGAUGAUAUCGAAGACAAUUCAAAAGGUUUAGGGGUUUUGGGAAUGUUACAUUCGUACGAUGGUGAAUUCAAACAGUUUGGGUUGUUUACUCCCAUGACCGAAAUAUUGCUGCGAUUAGAAGAAGUUACCAAUAUCAAAUGGGGAGUUGUUGGGUGUGACAAUAAGCAUGAUGAAGAAGAUGAUGAUGAACUUCAUGGAUUUGAUACUGAUGACAAUGAUGAUCGUCACUCGGCAUUCCUGGAUGAUGAUGAUGAUGGUGUUUCUGAGAAUAGCGAUGCUGCAUAUCCACCAGAUAUAGAAUAA